AUGGUCGAGGAUGACCGCGAGGUGCGCAGGGACAAGCGCUCGCUCUUCAGCGGCAUCCCGGACUACGUCCAGCCGGCCGCCAACGACACCCAGAGCACCCACCUCGUACCCGUCAUCCGGCCAGGCAGAAGCAGCAGCAUCAGCAGCAACAGCAACCGCGGCGGUGGUGGCAGACGGCCAGACAUAUCCCCUGCUCGAUCUAGUGACGAUCGAGGGUUUCGACGCCCAACGCUGCUGCGUCGUCAGUCCUCGCUCGACCGGUUCGAUCUCGCGGCCUCCAAGCGCUCCCAUGACUACCGCCGUUACGAUAGGGAUGACUACGGCCCGCCAGUCACCCCGCGGAAGCGCAGCUCGACUCGCGUGCCCGAUAUAAAGCCGGCCAGAAGCAUCACCCCGCGGGGGAGACGUUCGUCCAGCCUAGCCAUGCUCGAUGCACCAGCACCACCCCGCGCGAAGUCGAGACGGGCGAGCCCCAAGCCGGGGACCACCCGUAUCCCCAAGCAUAUGGUUGCGCCUAUUGCGCUCGAGGACCUGGGUUACGACUACGAGGAAUAUGAGGAGGAUAUCCUGAUCUACAAGAUCCUUACCGACGACCGGAUCCAUGAGUUGGUAGAGUACAGCAAGAGAGCACGAGCAGGCGCUCUUCCACGGAGAAGCAAGGAGAAGGAGACCGUCAUCGUUGGAGCCAAAGACACUCCUCUGACCGUUGAGCGGCGUCAAUCCAUCUCCAGACGCGGAGGCAGAACCCCAUCUCCACCCAUGGAUGUCCGUUCAAUCAGACCCCGUCAUGUCCGGCGACGCUCGUCUCCCAUCCGUGUCCUAGAGGUCGCCGACGACCAUCCAGAGCGGCUGCUGGUGCCGUACCAUCACCACAUGUCUGAGCGUGAGCUCAUGACAGCUGUAGACGCGCCAGAGGUUGUCGUCAAGAGAGACUACAAGGGUAUGUCCUAUCCAACCUACUCAUAA